AUGAAGACGGUCUGGGGAUCAGCAUCAUCGGGAUGGGUGUCGGCGCUGACGCAGGCCUGGAGAAACUGGGCAUCUUCGUCAAGACCGUCAUCGAGGGCGGAGCUGCUGAGACGGACAGCAGGAUCAAGGUGAACGACCAGAUCGUGGAGGUGGAUGGGACCAGCCUGGUGGGCGUCACCCAGAGCUUCGCUGCCUCCGUCCUCAGGAACACAUCCGGAGUGGUCAGGUUUGUGAUUGGCCGGGAGCGUCCGGGCCAGCAGAGUGAGGUGGCCACGCUCAUCCAGCAGACCCUGGAGCAGGAGAGGAGGCAGAGAGAGCUGCUGGAGCAGCAGUACGCUCAGUAUGACGCCGACGAUGACGAGCAGACAGGAGAGUACGCCACAGACGAGGAGGAUGGGGACGGGACGGUGGCGGGCGAGGACAAGAACAUCGAGGUGUUUGACUUGCCAGAGUCCGAGGAAAUCUUGUCUCCCACAGAGUUAGACGCCACUAAACUCUACCAGAAGUUCAGAGAGCUCCAGAUCAAACACACAGUGACGGAGGCCGAGAUCCAGAAGCUUAAAAACAAGCUAACGUCAGUGGAGAGGGAGAAGCAGCGCUGGGAGAAGGAGAAGAGCCAGCUGAAGGCCAGCAUCGAGGAGAACAAGGAGAGGAUGCUGAAGCUGGAGAGCUACUGGAUCGAAGCGCAGACCCUCUGCCACACGGUCAACGAACACCUGAAGGAGGCGCAGGCACAGUACCAAACCCUGGAGAAGAAGUACAACAAGGCCAAGAAACUCAUCAAAGACUUCCAGCAGAAAGAGGUGGAGUUUAUCCAGAAGGAGGAUGGGGAGAGGAGGCGGCUGGAGGAGGCUGAGAAAUCUCACCUGGCAGAGAUCCAGGGACUGCAAGUCAGGAUUGUAACAUUAGAGUCGGAGCUAAUGCAGCUGAUGAAGCAGAACGGCAUCCAGGUGAACAACAACAACAGCAACAGUGCUGAGAGGCUCGGCGCUCAGCAGAGCAGCCCCAGCAGAGCGGCAGCAGCCAGAGACCCCAGGGAGGGCUCUCCAUACUCCCCCAGCAUGAAGAAGAGCCUGAGAGUCCGAGACAGCAUCAGCUCCACUGAAGGAGAGGUCUCAGAGGGGUGUGGCAGUCCCGUCCACAGUCGAUCUGGUUCGAUGCAUAGUGUGGCUUCUUAUGAUGGAGGGGUCCUCAGAGCCCCUGGCAGUGCAGAGAGCUCCCCCAGACGAACACUGAACCAUCCGUCCACUGCAGGUUCUCAGUCUCCUGCCAUGUCAAGCCCCUCGCACGGUGUGGAUGAAAACAGACAAGCAACAGAUCCUGGCUCCACAGAGCCGUCAGCAGAGGACAGUCCAGAAAAACUCACGGCUAAGGGCCCCGCUCUGAAUGAUGAUCUGAGCGCCAGCAGCAGCAGCAGCUCGGUGGAGAUCAGCGGCCUGCUGAGUGAAGCCAAGAUGUCGGGACGCUCACACACACUGAUGCUCUCCUCAGAUGAGAGUCUGGAUAUGAUAGAUGAUGAGAUCCUGGACGAGGCACAGUUUUCGAAGCAGUAUCAGUGGCAGAACAGCAGCAUCACAGAGUGGACCCCCCAGCAAGUGGCCCGCUGGCUCAUGGGCCUCAACUUGGAACAACACAUCCCAGAAUUCACUGCCAAAAACAUUGAUGGAGAGCAGCUGCUGCAGCUGGAGAGUCCUGAGCUUAAGGUCCUUGGAGUUACUUCUUCCCAGGACCGUGCCCUGAUCAAGAAAAAGAUCAAAGACCUUAAACUUCUGAUGGAGAAGGCCAAGAGGAACAGAGAGAAAGUGGAGAAACAAAGCGAGAAGCUACGGAAGAGGGAGCUGGAGGAGCAGCAGAAAGAGGAGCGCAAAGAAAGUGCGGCAGAGUGAAGUGAAUUGUUGGAUCACCUGCCGCGUUACUGUAGCAACACACCACGUAGCAUCUCGAGGAACAGAACGUCAGUAGACCCCACAAAUGAACCCUGAGGGACACCUGCUCAGUAGUUCAAUCGUUCUCAGUGGUUAAGCUACAAACCCAACUGUCGGAGAUUGUUAAUAAGUGACUUUUUCACCAAGAGUAUCAAACCAAAAUGAGCAGUUGGAUAAAAAAAGGUCCUGCCCCGUUAAUUUGCCUCAUUUUACACCCAUCCUGUGUUUUUAGCCAUUUAAGAUUUUACUCGGUUCUAUUUAUUUGCUUUUAAUUGCUGUAAAUUAGGUUUAUUUAUUCAUAUGCAGAGUAAGUCUGUGGAGUUAAUCUCAUUCUAUAUCAUCUUCAGAGCCGUCUACAUUACCCAUCACAGCACCCGUAGAUAUUACGUCCAUGUACAGUGAUAAAUACAGAUAUGUCUCAUGUGCCAUUUUGAUAGAUUUAUGUAUAUCCUGUUCAGAAUCGGUGAAAUCGCUCUUUUGAUUCGCCGAAGCACAUACAGGUCGGGCCUGUGUGGUGGAAUACAUGAGGCAGUAUUUAUCUCCCACCACUGGGUGUCCCCACGCUGCUUACUUUCACUACUGAAGGAGGCAACACUGGAACUUUCCUACAGGAGCUGAAGCAACUUUCAUUUAGAGAAAUAACUCUCCUGAUAAUUGCAAGAACACUGGAAGUGCAAACACUGUAAAUGUAACCUCUGCACUGGCUUGUCCUAUGCUGCUUACAGUAUACAUGUACCAUAGAAAGCGGUUCACACGGUAUGAUUGAUGAAGAGGACAUGUUGAACUGGUUCUAAUGGAUACUUCAGGUACAAUGUAAUGAUAAAAUGUGUAAAAAACUAAAACUAAAAAAAUGUUAAAUGGAACUUCCUGCUUAUAUGCAUAAUGUGGCUUUGACACCGCUUGUAACCUGCUUUUGACCUCUUUUUAUAUUCUCUCUCAAUAACAAAGUUAUUCCCCGCCGCUGCCUUUAGAAAUUCUAGAGAAGUUGAAUUUUUCUGAACACUACCCGCUUCUGUGUGAGUAUAGAAACACAUACAGUUAACAUUUCUAACAUUUUUUUUCAUGAAGAUGUACAGUUCACCAUGCAAAACACUUUGGAAUAUUCUGAAUAUUAUUAGGGAAUGCUGCCAUAUAGACGAGUCAUCUCUGUGAUGCAGGACAGAUGCAGGAUGCACCUGAUACUACUGAUAUUACACUGGAAUUUGCAACUGAUAGAUGCAAUAUACUUUUAACUUACCUGUAAAACUGGUUCAAUAAGACUUUUGACUUACUUGUUAGAUAAAAAAAAGAUAAACCUUUUUGAAAUUAUUUCGUAUUUUAUGCAGUUAUUGUUUUAGGAUUACGAGACAUGCUCCCUGUGUUACUUCUUGAGCAUUCCCGAGAAUCAUUCCGUAGAUUUACAGUGAAUACAGAGACAUCAGAGUCACCGUGAUCUUAUCAAAGGCAGCUUUGGUUAUGAUUCCCUCUUUGUCUCAAGGAGCCUGCCUGGUGUACUGUAAAUCAGUUAAAACAAGAAGAAGAAUCUGGGUUACAGAUGCAAUGCCACAGUAAAACAGGAAUCACUGAUCUAUUCAUGUUAUUAUUUAUUUAUUUCUGUAUCUAAUGAAGCAACUGACUACUGUUUAUGAUAGCUUAUAUGAAAAUAAGAGUACUAUUAACACCUACAAAUAAUUUAUCCAGAAUUGUAUGAUUACUUCCUAUUGCCAAAAUAUAAGUAAACCUGCUCAUUAAAAAGUGAUUUUAGAUUAAAAUGGUUGUUAUGAAAUGAAGGAUUAUAAAUUGGAAAGUGCAAAGCGAGAAGAAAACGCAGUAGUGCUCCCUCAUUGUGCUUGUGGUUUUCCUUUAAUACAACCAUAGUGCUGCUCCAGUACAACUCCAAUAAACUGUUCAUGUUGUAUUCUUAUGGAAUAUUUUGUAACACCUGAACCUUUUCUGUGAAUACCCCCCAAAACCUCCCCUGUCAGGUCAGUCCGCUGGCUGCACUAUUUUGAUUCUUUUGUAUGUAUAGUGAAACACUGAGAGCAAUACGCUGUAAGAAUCCUAAAGCCUUGUUUUCUAUCGUGUCAGUUUUUUGUCUGAGGGCUGAGGAGGCUUAGGGGUCACACCUGAGGCCAUAAAGUGACUCCAGAUCUUUUCUAUUUGCUUGCCUGAGCUUGCCUACGCAUGAUGAAACCAACGUGUGGAUGAGACCCUGGUGCUCCUGGCAGGCGUUUGAGUCAUGUCCUGAAGGGUUUUUCUUUCAUGUACGUAGAGAGCAAAAGAUCAUCACUACAAACUGCUAGCCAUUGCUUUGAUUCUUUUAAAAAGCUGUGCUUGUUCUCCUCCUCUUUCUCCUCCUUUUUUGUCAUUACCUUGCUCUCUUUUCCGCAUUCUGAAAAGUUUGAAAGGGCAGCUAGCUGUCACACUGAAUAAAAUGUGCGGUCAC